ACGCUUUUCAAUUUUCAUUGAAUAUAGAUUCUUAAUCACGACUGAACGGAACAUACAAUUAUUGUAGUCUUAUAAUAAUAUUGUUGGUUUCUCAAAGUGAAAAUGAAUAAAGCUUAAUGAUAUAUGAUCUGUCACGUACUUAAACAUAUAGAAACAGUAGCAAAUUCACCAACUUGCCUUUAAUUUACUAUAACCUUCAAAUUAAGCUUCUUUUAUUUUAUGAAAAAUAAAUAAAGAAAACUCCAUUUCCCUUUAUUUAAGGAGGCUGCAUUGCUUGCUCACUGACUCAACUCAAGAGUGGUGUAGUGAGAGAAGAAAGAUAGAGAAAAAAAAUGGGAGGCAAAGGUGUGAUGAUGGUGGCGAUACUUUGCCUUUGGGCACUCUCUGCAACAUCUGAAGCAGUAACAGAGGCUGAGCCAGGUUUGAUGAUGAACUUCUACAAGGACACGUGUCCUCAGGCCGAAGACAUCGUCCGUGAACAAGUCAAACUCCUCUACAAACGCCACAAGAACACCGCUUUCUCUUGGCUCCGUAACAUCUUCCAUGACUGCGCCGUUGAGUCAUGUGAUGCGUCGCUUUUGCUGGAUUCGACAAGAAGAGAGCUAGGAGAGAAAGAACACGACAGGAGCUUCGGACUUAGAAACUUUAGGUACAUCGAGGAGAUCAAGGAAGCUCUCGAGAGGGAGUGUCCUGGUGUUGUCUCAUGUUCUGACAUUCUCGUCUUGUCCGCAAGAGAAGGCAUCGAAGCAGUAGGAGGACCUUAUAUUCCUUUGAAGACAGGAAGGAGAGAUGGACUUAAAAGCAGGACGGAUAUGCUCGAGUCAUAUCUUCCCGACCACAACGAGAGUAUCUCCGUCGUUCUUGAAAAGUUCAAAUCCAUCGGUAUCGACACUCCCGGCCUCGUCGCCCUCCUAGGGUCACACAGCGUGGGAAGAACUCACUGUGUCAAGCUGGUCCAUCGUUUGUACCCUGAGGUGGACCCGUCCUUAAACCCGGACCACGUCCCUCACAUGCUACACAAGUGUCCUGACUCGAUCCCUGACCCAAAGGCGGUCCAGUACGUGCGUAACGACCGUGGCACCCCCAUGGUGCUAGACAACAAUUACUACCGUAACAUCCUAGACAACAAGGGUUUGCUCCUUGUGGACCAUCAGCUCGCACACGACAAACGAACCAGACCAAUCGUUAAGAAGAUGGCUAAGGACCAGGCCUACUUCUUCAAGGAGUUCACUAGGGCAAUCCAGAUCUUAUCCGAGAACAACCCCUUGACUGGCUCUAAGGGUGAGAUCAGGAAGCAAUGUAAUCUCGCAAACAAGAACCAUUGAAGUUGGAAAAAGUGAGAAAGACAGGGGCUCUGGUGUGUUGAGUUCUCUGCUUGGUACGAACCAAGAUGAAUAAAAAAAUCUUUUAAGUUAAAUCAAAGAAAGGGUGAUGAUGAAUACAUCAUGGUAGUGACCACCUCCUUCUUUUGUGUGUUCAGCCUUAAUGCUUUAAUUAUGAUGUUAGUGGCUUUGAGUUAUUUAAUCUAAAUGUUGGCUCUUCGUUGAUUUUGGGUUUGUGGUGGGGGUGAUAUAAUGAUAAUGGAAAGGAUGUAUGAUAUGAUGGAUGGUGUUGGGUAUCAUGUAUGACGAUGUAAUGAUAAGUAAACAUGUCCGAAUCUUUUGAUAAUUUGUUCAACAUGCAUGGUAUACAUAAGUACUGUGUAUGGGUGAUAUCGAUCUAUUUUACUGAUCUCACCAAAGAUUUUAAAAAUUUGUAGUAAAUGACAUGAAUAAUUGAAUAUGAUAUGACUCAUGAAAAAGAUUCCAAAAAUAAUAAUUCAAAAUAAG